AUGAAAACUUUAUGCAAGUGAUAGAACAAGAAAAUUAAGGAACAAACAAACAAACAAUUAAGAUAUCAAAUCAAACACAAUAUCAAUGGCUACCUCGUCGAAUCUCAACCCAGCAGCGUUUGCAUACACGGUGGUUUACGUAAAAGAUGUUGCCGAAUCUGUUGAUUUCUAUGCCAAAGCCUUUGGCUAUUCCGUUCGUCGCUUAGACGAAUCCCACAGAUGGGGAGAGUUGGAAAGUGGUCACACAACUAUUGCUUUCACUCCAAUCCACCAGCACGAGACCGAUGAUCUCACCGGUGUUGUCCAUGCCAAUAAAUCCAAACAAGAAAGACCACCGCUUGAGGUUUGUUUUGUUUACCCCGACGUUGAUGCUGCUUACAAGAGGGCGGUGGAGAACGGAGCGGUGGCAGUGAGUGAGCCGGAGAUGAAGGAGUGGGGACAAAAGGUUGGAUACGUGAGAGACAUUGAUGGCAUCGUGAUCAGAAUGGGAAGUCAUGUGAAGCCAGCAAAACUAGAUUAAUAAUGUUCAGGUCGACAUAGCAGCAACUGGCAUAAUAUGCUACUUAUGUUUAUGUAGUAAAAACCAUAACACCAUAUACUUUACUAAAAUAAAAUUAUCAACUGUAGACACACCAUAUGCUUUAAUUACAUGUAGUUU